ACACAGUCCCGCGGUCACAGCCGCUCUGCUGACACUGCCUCACACUAUAUCAACAAAUUGGUAAAUGGCACCACUCGAACGCGUAUCCGUUCAAUCAAGUCAAGAAAAGAAGACUCAGUCCUCAUCCUGAGAUAAAGUGAUCACAAUAUCAAAACUUUAACAAAUAGCGCCGUGUGAUAACAAUCAUGGUCGACUAAAUCAUAUCAUCGGAAUCAUGAAUGGAAUUAGUGUUAACGCCGAAAAACAUGGACCGGAAGAAGCGAAGGAGAAGUCUAAAGCAUCGAGUGUUAAAGAAAAACUAUUGUCUAUACGAUCCAACAUAACAGUAGAACCUAUCAUAGCAUGUUACAUAAUGUCCAAUGUGUUUUCGGGGCUUGCUGUUCAAAAUUUGAAUUUAGAAAAGGCCUGUCGAGUGAAUCUCGGUUACAGUGAUGAAGUGUGUUCAGCAUUAAACAGACGACAGACAGAGAACUAUACAACUGAAGAAUCGGAGGUGCAGAAGUUGACAGCAUCCGUUCAAGCGUGGAAGAACAUCGUGCAGACAGCGUUUCCUUGUAUUUUAGUACUUUUCGUAGGUUCAUGGAGCGAUAAGACUGGAAAACGGAAAGCGUGUAUUCUUCUACCGAUCGUUGGUGAGGUUUUAUGUUGCACGUGCUUUAUAUUGAAUACAUACUUCUUCUACGAACUGCCUUUGGAAAUAACGGCUCUAUCAGAUCUGUUUCCAUCGUUGACUGGUGGUUGGAUAACCGUUUGCGUCGGUGUGUUCAGUUACAUCGGUGAUGUGACCACGAAAGAGAUGAGGACAUUUAGAGUAGGAGUAGCAAAUUUAUGCAUGUCCCUUGGAAUACCAAUUGGCAUGUCCCUUAGUGGUAUUUUAUUGCAAAAAAUCGGAUAUUAUGGCAUAUUUAUGAUAUCAAAUGUGUUGUAUGUGACAAGUUUUGUUUAUGGAUAUGUCCGAUUAAAGGAUCCUGAUUUUUCUCACGAACGACAGCGGGUACAGCCUGUUGGAUGUCGGGGAUGGAUAUGUUCAUUCUUCGACGUUGGUCACGUACGGGAGACCCUCACAGUGGCCUUCAGAAGUGGACCUCGUCGCAGAAGGCUUCGAGUCUCCCUACUCAUCGUUGUGGUUUGCGUUAUAUUUGGACCUCUUCAUGGUGAAAUGAACGUGCUUUAUCUGUUCAUGAGAUACAGAUUUAACUGGGACGAGGUGCAAUUCAGCAUGUUCUGCACGUAUAGUAUCAUUACUAAUUUAGUUGGAACUCUAUUCUCUAUCAGCAUCUUCAGCGAUUUCAUGAAGUUAGAUGACUCUGUGGUGGGCAUCAUAUCUUGUACCAGUAAAAUCCUCGCAUCUUUCAUCUUCGCUUUUGCUACCACUACCACCGAAAUUUAUAUUGCGCCGUUAGUUGAAAUAUUCAACGGGACGUCUUUCAUAGCUAUGAGAUCCAUUGCAUCAAAACUUGUGACAAGCGAAGAAUUGGGUAAGGUGAACUCUUUAUUCGGGCUCGCAGAAGCGAUGAUGCCUCUGGUGUAUGGACCACUAUACUCCCGAGUCUAUAUGGCAACGCUCACCGUUCUUCCGGGAGCUGUGUUUCUCCUUGGAGCUGCUAUGACUGUCCCCGCAGUCGCUAUAUUUGGUUGGAUGUACUUCGAACAACGCAAGGACGGAAAACAGGUUGAAGAGGACGAAAAUGUCAGCAAAGAUGCUUAAGUUGGAAUAUUUUUAUGGCUCACUUUUUAUCUUAUAAUUUGAUUUUAAAAUAAUUCUAAGUAAGAUCAUGAAAGUUUUGUUUUAAUUUGAUCAUGACGUGUAUAUUGUUGUAGUCAAUAUUUUUUUGUUCUGUUUAUCAAUGAAUAAUUUUUUUUGGUAUUUAAUGUAAGAUACAGUCGACUAAAAUUGA